AUUAUUAACAUCACCAUGUUGAACUCCAUGUUAAAGAGUGUUUCUUUUCCACCAUCCUUUGUACCCACAAACAAAGCAUUAAUUAGCUUGAAACUACCAAACUUAAGAUUUUUUCAAGUCAUGGAAGCUCGCAACAUGGUUAAAGUCAACUUCGAUAGCUCGGAUGAGACACUACGGUGCUCGUUCGUCCCCCAUCUAUCAGCUGCAUUUGGGCGUAAAGGCCUCUCUGUGCUCACAGAUAACCAAGAUCAAUCCUACAUGUCCAUUGCUUCUGUAUUGAUUUUCUCUGAGAACUACGUAUCCUCCAAGGAAUCUUUGGAUGAAUUCGUAAAGACUCUCCAACGGAGACGCGAGGAAGGCCAUAUCGUGACUGCUAUCUUUUAUGGAGUGAGUAGAUCAAAUGUGCAAGAACGGGUGGGAAAUGUCAGCAAGGCGUUUUUGGAGCACGGCACUUCUGAUCAAGUAAGCCAAUGGCGCAAUGCUCUUGCGGAAAUAACAAGCUUACCUGGUCACAAAACAAGCCAUCGUCAAAGUGACUACGAAUCUAUAGAAAAUGUCGCUAAAGAUUUGUACGAGAAGAUUUUUCCAAACGAAAGAAUUGGAAUCUACUCAAGGAUGCUGCCGGAUGUAGAAAACUUGAUAUACAAGCAACAAUCGGGUGUCAGAAGCAUAGGCAUUUGGGGUAUGCCAGGCAUAGGCAAGACUAAGCUUGCUAAAGCAGUCUUUGACCAAAUGUCUGGUGACUAUAAAGUUACUUGCUUCCUACAAAAUUUUCACGAAACCUUUCAUAAGAAGGGACUUUACGGUUUGCUGCAGGAACAUUUCAAGAACCUUCCAAAUCAAAAACUUCAACAAAAAGUUCUUGUUGUUCUUGAUGAUGUGAAAAAUCAUCUAGAUGCAGAGUCUUUUCUAGGUGGGGUUUUCUUGUUUAGUCCCGAAAGCCUGAUCAUCAUCACCUCCAGAGAUAAGCAAGUACUUUCUCUUUGUGGACUCAAUCGAAUUUACAAAGUUGAAGGAUUAAGCAAGCAUGAGGCUCAUAAACUAUUGUCCUCGGAUGCCUUUGGAAAAAAUGUGAGAGAGAAGAAUCUUCUUACGGAGCUUUCUAUGAAGGUGAUCGAAUACGCUAAUGGAAAUCCUUUAGCUCUAAAAUUAUAUGGUGAAGAGAUGUCAUCAAACGAACGAAAGGAGACUUUGUUCCUCAAGCUCAAGGAAGCUCCUUCAGAACAGAUUGUGGAACUAGUCAAGAGUAGCUAUUAUGCACUUAGUGACAACGAAAAGAACAUACUUGUGUAUAUUGCUUUCUUUUUCAUAGGUAAAGAUGUUGACUAUGUGUCAAGACUACUACAAGACCUUGGUUUUUUUCCAGAUAUUGGAAUCAACCGGCUAGUGGAGAACUCUCUCGUAACUAUUUCAAAAAACAGAUUGGAAAUGCAUGGCAUGAUACAAGCAGUUGUCCGGGAAAUUGGGAGGUGUCAUAAACUCAAAAUCAAUGAAGACACCAAAACAAAUUUUAAAUGUUUAUUGGGCACUGAUGAUAUCGAAGCCAUAUCUCUGGAUGCAUCUAACUUAGAACCAGAUAUCAAUCUUUCUUCACUCGGAUCUAUGUAUAAUCUUAGAUUCCUGAAGGUUUACUAUUCUGAUCCUGAAAAGAAUCGAAGGGCCCUCGAGUCUCUGCCUUAUGGACUUAAAAUUCUCCAUUGGGAAUAUUACCCUUUGCAAUCUUUACCACAAGAUUUUAAUCCAAGCAACCUUGUUGAACUCAAUAUGCCUUACAGUCAACUCCAAACACUCUGGAGAGGAACCAAAAACCUCAAGAUGCUGAAGAGGAUCAACCUUCGCUAUUCUCAGAAACUGCUUGAAGUUGAUGAACUUUCAGAAGCUCUAAACCUUGAGCGAAUUGAUCUUUGCGGCUGCAACAACUUGCAAAGUUUCCCAGUCAUUCAUCAAUUACAAAAACUUCGGGUUGUUGAUCUCUCUGGUUGCACACAGAUCAAAAGUGUCCCUGAGCUUCCAUCUACUGUCGAAUUAAAAUUUGAGGGAUCAUCCAAUAAGUCCAUCUUCUCUCAAGGCACACUCAUCGUUGGGAGCUUACACGAAAUCUUAGACAAGCAGCGAAAACCCCUUUUAGAAAUUUCUGAGCCUAUCUUAGACUUCUUGAAACUCAGAAGAUUCCUAAGUAAACAAGAAAGGGUAACCAAUCCAGAGGUGGUGGAAUUCUCAUCUACAUUUAAAAGAAGGAUGUGUCAAACAGCACGCGAGAUGAGCCGUAGUCUUCAGCGGGGGUUGACAAAUCUAAAUUUAGAAUAUGAUGUCUUCAAGAUCCGUCCUUCGGAAAAUUUGAUGUUCACAAAGCUCAAGGAGGAUAGGUCUUGACUCCUCUCAUCUGCAAUCAGUAAAUAUUUCAAGCCUUUUCACUGUUUCUUGUCAAGCACUCAUAUGAAAUCCAAAAGUGGUAAGACCGUAAGAGGUUGACCUGUUUAUGCUAUCAGUAAAUAUAAUAAUAUAUAUUGUGUUCUGCAUUUUAACAGACCAGAUUUACUAUAUAUAUAUAUAGAUAUAUAUAUCUAUAUAUUAAUAUAUAUAUCUAAAGUCUUUUGAAUGGUUCUUGUCUUGCAUGGAUAUAAAUUGUUGUUUUUGUGUCGUUAUUCCAUAAAAAUGUAAUCUGAAUGGUUCAAGUAUGGCAUGACUAAAAAAAUAUGUUUUGUUUCUGUGUCGUUAUUCAAUAAAAAUGUAAAUUUCAGCU